AGACCGGCAGAUUAGCCCGGCUCAACGCGCUCUGCAGACACUGUGAACGACCCGGUUCACUGCGCCCGAACGGAGGCUCCGCUCAAACAACCACCUGCUCUAUUUUGUCCCUUUUUUCCCCGGGAUCUAAGCGGCUCUUCAGUCUCUAAGGAAUGCCCAGAGAGCUGACCCAGAACAGGAUCCAAAAGAUCUGGAUUCCCACCAAAGAUGACAAGCCGGCACCCCGGAGAGCAGCUGGCGCCCCCUUUGGCCACCCCCCCACCGUCAUCGUGAUGGUGGGUCUCCCCGCUCGAGGCAAGACGUACAUGUCCAAGAAGCUAACCCGAUACCUCAACUGGAUCGGCAUGCCCACCAAAGUCUUCAAUGUGGGAGAGUACCGCAGGGAGGCUGUCAAGAACUACAGCUCCUAUGACUUCUUCAAGCCCGAUAAUGACUGUGCCGUGAAAAUCAGGCAGCAAUGUGCCUUAGCAGCCUUGAGGGAUGUCAAGUCCUAUUUGAAGGACGAGGGAGGCCAAGUGGCGGUCUUUGAUGCCACAAACACGACAAGAGACAGGCGAGAGAUGAUCCUCAAAUUUGGCACUGAGAACGGCUUCAAGAUCUUUUUCAUCGAGUCUGUGUGCGACGACCCCAGCGUCAUCGCGUCAAACAUCAUGGAAGUGAAGGUGUCGUGUCCAGACUACCGGGACUGCAACAAGACUGACGCCAUGUUGGAUUUCCAGAGGAGGAUUGAAUGCUACAAAACCAGCUACCAACCCCUGGACCCUGAUCAGCAUGACAGGGAUCUCUCCUUCAUCAAGGUGAUAGACGUGGGUCGGCGUUACCUCGUCAACCGGAUCCAGGAUCACAUCCAGAGCAAGAUUGUCUACUACCUGAUGAACAUCCACGUCCAGCCGCGAACCAUCUACCUGUGUCGGCACGGAGAGAGCACCGACAACCUGGAGGGACGGCUGGGCGGCGACGCGGGCCUCUCGCCGCGAGGCAGACAGUUUUCGACUGCCCUGGCUCGGUUUGUGGAGGAGCAGCAGCUGAAGGAUCUGAAGGUUUGGACCAGCCAGCUGUGUAGCAGCAUCCAGACCGCCGAGCACCUGGGGGUCCCGUACGAACAGUGGAAGGCUCUCAACGAGAUAGACGCUGGAGUGUGUGAAGACAUGACGUAUGACGAGGUGAAGGAGAAAUUCCCGGAAGAGUUUGCUUUGAGAGAUGAAGAUAAAUUCUACUAUCGCUACCCUGCUGGAGAGUCCUACCAGGACCUGGUCCAGAGGGUGGAGCCGGUCAUCAUGGAGCUGGAGAGGCAAGAGAACGUCCUGGUUAUCUGCCACCAGGCCGUCAUGCGCUGCCUGCUGGCCUACUUCCUGGAUAAGAGUGCAGAUGAGAUGCCCUACCUGAAGUGUCCCCUCCACACAGUGCUGAAGCUCACCCCGGUCGCCUAUGGGUGCAAAGUGGAGUCCAUCUAUCUGAAUGUGGAGGCAGUGAACACCCACAGAGACAGACCAGAGGAGGUGAAGAGGGGCCCUGGCACAUUGAUCAGGAGGAACAGUGUGACUCCUCUGACCAGCCCUGAGUCAAACAUCAAGAAACCUCGCAUCGAUGACCUAGACGAGGCUCCGAUCCAGGAGCUGCCCCCAUCUGUCGCCUCACUGGCGCUCUGCAGCCCCUCACACCUCCCUCUCGCCCUGGCUGGACAGCAUUGGCUGGGCAAAGUUUGCCUAACCUGAAGAGAAACUCAUCCGGCCGCCAUGACGUCCUGCAGCCCUGCCAGUGAAAGCGCACCGAUGUGUGACGUAGCUCAAGAGGCCAGAAAGUGGAUCGCUAACAAAGACUGAAGACAAUAACAUGAAGUUAUUGUACCUUUUACUGUUCACAGAGGACUGUGGUUUAAUUGCUGUCCUAUCAGAUAUUUAUGUUCAAAGAUAUGUCAUUUCAAAGCAAGGCUCUUAAAUUCUCCUUUUCUUGCUGUUGUUAGACAUUUUCUUUCUCUCUGAGACUGAUGAAUCUGUGUUUUCUGGGAAACUUAACAUCACAUGUAUUCAUUUAUUCAGACUGAAAGAGGCAAACUGUGACUCCUUUAAAUCAACAGUUAUUCCUGUUACAGCUCACAGCUCAGAUGGCCGGCUCUCUGGGAAACCAGUUUCUUCUGGUUUGAUAUUUUGGAGAGACCAACCCUCAUGCCUAGAUAACACUUUCAGCUCAUCCUUUUUUCAACUUAUGGUUGCACUGUUGAUUUAAAAGAGGAUAUAGUAUUUAGUUUACAUUGUAAACUAUUUGGCACUUCUUUGGAAGCACUGGCAUUUUUCAUGUUUCUUAAAAAAAAAAAAAAAGGUUGUCAUGAUUUAAUUGACUCCUUUAUAUGCUGACAUGCUACGAAAUAAGCGAUUAUUUUGCACAGUGGGGAUAAAUUUGUACUUUUGUUUGUUUUUUGUGUCACAAUGUGUUUUUCAUGUCAUUUUACGUCACAGUAAUGGAGGUGAAUCUUUGCCGUAGAGUGCCUGUAGUGCUUGUUUUGCAAGCCCGACGCUGCUUCUCUUGCUAUUUCCCUGGAAGUGAUUGCUCGAGGAGAGGCACCACAUUUCACCUAAUAACUCCACAUAUCAUUUUAAUAUUUACCUUUUCACCAUUUGAAUAUUUAUUUUUCAUUGUGUUUAGUUUCAGUGCUACAGUACAUGUCAAAUGUACAGUACACAGUACAUUUGACUGAGUUCUCUACACUGAUGGGAAACUUAAUUUUCAAGUUUAUUUUCCUUGAUUGCUGUCAAUGUCUGCUACGCACAAAUGUAAGCACCUAUAUUUUUAUUAUAACAAUGCGUGCUGUUAAUAAUAUCUUUGUAAAUGUUAGUGUACAUACAGAAUAACUGGAGAUGGAUGGGAUGAUGACUUGGAACUCUUGGGAGUCUUUUAAUGAAAAAUGUGUGUGUUUUUGUACUUAUGUGUUGGGACUGAAUGGAAAGAAGCUGUUGCUCACCUCUCUCAGUAAAACUUUUGUUAACAUGUUUGCUUGAGAUACUUGAACUGUUUUUUUUCGUAAAAACUUGUUUUAUUAUAUUCCUUAUUUAUUUUUAUGUAGUUUUAAAUGACUGCUUGGAGCGAAGGCACUUUGUUUUAAUCAGAGGACUAUGCAUGAGAGGACAGUAUGUUGUACAGUUGAUUUUGCAUCUGCUGGACCAAUAAAUUAGCUCCAGGAAAAUA